AUGAAGGGUCGAGUUGUUGUCGACAUCCGGCAUCUCAACUCGAUAUCAGAGCCCGACCUGUAUCCAGUUCCGUCCCAAGAAGAGAUCCUGAAUAUGCUUCGAGGAAAACGCUAUAUUACAGUUGUCGAUGCAAAACAAUGCUUCCACCAAUGGCCCGUACAGCCAGAACACCGACGAAGAUUGGCAGUUAUAAGCCAUCGAGGUCAAGAGGUAUUCAAUGUGGCUAUCAUGGGCUAUGUUAAUUCGGUGGCCUUCGUACAACGUCAAAUGGACCUUACACUACAUGAAUUUGCUGAUUUCUGCAGAUGUUAUAUCGACGAUAUAGUUAUAGCUUCGGCAACCUUUGACGAACACCUUUCUCAUCUGCAUCAGGUUUUUGCCCGCCUGCAAUCUCUAAACCUAUCCCUGGAUCCCAAGAAGAGCUUUAUUGGAUACCCGUCCGUACAACUGCUCGGUCAGCAUGUUGACGCCUUUGGCUUAACUACGGAUAAAGAGAAGAUCGCGGCCAUUCAGCGCCUUCGAUUUCCAGAGACAUUACGCCAAUUAGAAUCCUACCUUGGCGCCCCUAAAGGUGGCAAGGACUGCAAGGAUUGGUCUGUCAAGGCAAAGCUCUCUAAGCCAACAUACCAGGAAUUAGCAGCCUAUCAGAAACUGCAAGCAGAGUUCGCCUGUCCCCGAUUCCUGACACAUCAUGACCCAAAUCAACAGCUCUAUGUGGACCUCGAUGCUUCGGCAGAUGGACAUGGGGCCAUGGUCUACCACAUCAAACCAGACUAUGCUCAUGCAGACCUGACCAAACCGCCAGUACAAACCGUCAUACAGCCGUUCAACCUUCGGAUCCAUCAUCGUCCAGGAAACACGAAUCUCGUUGCGGACGGCCUUUCUCGCCUACCACAUGAAAAUGGCAAGCCGAAAGAAGGAGACAUGGAUCUUGAUGAGCUCUUGGAGCAUUGUUUAUUUGCCCCUAUAUCCCAUUGUUGGCUUGGAAUCUCUGAGGUGCAUCUUAACCCUGACUUUAUGAAACGUAUUAAGCAGGAAUAUCGAAACGACACGCGUUGUUCAGCCAUAUGCCGGGUUCUUCGUGAUACCAAACUUCAACAAGGAUCCCAAAGGCCUCAUGAUAUGCCUUACAAGCUUGACAACGGCCUUCUGUUUCUCCUAAAGGACUCCGGCGAGUCAUGGCUUGUUAUACCAAGAGGCUUGAACCAAGAAGUCUUCCAGAUGAUUCAUGACAACCAGGGGCAUUGCAGGCUCGACACGGCGAUCGCCAAAAUGCAGGGCUUAGCACUUUAUAAAGGUGUACGACAACUCCGAAAAUAUAUACAGACGUGCCCAUGCCGAUUAUCAUCAAUCCCCCAUCACAAGCCUUAUGGAUGCCUCAACCCAAUCCGUACGCCGGAUAGUCUCUACCAGAUACUUACCAUGGACUUUAUGGUGAGCUUGCCAACUACCAACAAGGGAAAUGACCAGAUCUUAGUAGUUGUCGACAAAUUCUCCAAACAAAUAGGCUUAGUACCGGGCUCGUCGAGAUGGGAUGCUGCACAAUGGGGAGAGGAACUGAUAUUAUUUAUGCAGACCGCCGAUUGGGGCUUACCAAUCCGAAUCAUCUCUGAUCAGGAUCCCCGGUUUGUUGCUGGGUUAUGGAGAGGGAUGUUUCAAGCUCUAGGGGUCUUAUGGCUCUAUUCCACUGCAUGGCAUCCCCAAACAGAUGGUCAGACAGAGCGAUCAAUUCAGGUGGUCGAGACUGAUGCGCCAUCAGCUCGUACUGGAACCGAAGUUGCAGGGCUGUUGGGAGCGUCUACUGCUGCCUAUCCAAGCAGCAUUAAACAGCUCAAAAAAGACUUCAACCGGGGCGAAAAGGUCCUGUUACGGCUUCAUAAAGGAUAUAACAUACCCGCCAACAAGCGCCUUAGCCGGAAGCUAGGACAGCAGUUUGCCGGACCUUUUAAAGUACUACAACGCGUUGGUAAGGUUGCCUAUAAGCUGGACUUUCCUUCGAAGCUUCAAAUACACCCCGUCGUGUCAAUCUCACAGCUCGAACCUUUCAUGGAGGAUCCUUACGGACGAUGGCCCGAUAAGCCUGGCCCAACGAUCGAUGAGAACUUUCCGGAUGACGAUGAUCGAUAUGAGGUCGAACGCAUUGUCGACCGAAAGCCCCAUUUGGUCGGACGUAAACGGAAACCAGUUAUCAAAUACCUUGUACGAUGGAAGGGCUACGGCAGCGAGGAUGAUUGGUGGCUCACGAAAGAGCAGCUAGAGGGAGCGGAGGAGCUUGUUCAUGAUUACAAUAAAAAUCAUCCUUUCUGA